AUGGCAGAGAAAGAAGGGGGCAUAGUUAAGAAAGGCCACGAUGAAGGCUUGAAACUGGCAGUCUCUAUUCUCCAAAAAUUCGAACUCCCUCAAGGAGUUCUUCCCUUGGCCGGUGUGAUCGAAGUCGGGUUCGUCGAAAGCACGGGGUACAUGUGGAUCGUGCAAGAGAAGAAGGUGGAGCACGAGUUCAAACUGAUCAGCAAGCUUGUGAGUUAUGACACUGAAAUCACCGGCUACAUUGAGAAGAAGAGGAUCAAGAAGCUCAAGGGUGUGAAGGCCAAGGAGCUGGUGCUGUGGCCUCCAGUCAGUGAGAUCACAGUUGAUGAGCCACCAACUGGGAAGAUUCACUUCAAGAGCCUUGCUGGGAUCACAAAGACCUUCCCUGUUGAGGCAUUUGCUUAA